GAAACGUGUGUAAUGUGGCUUUAUUACAAAGCUUUGUUUUUGUUAUUGCAGUCAAGUAUUGAAGUGUAUUUGAACACUCUAUUUAGCGCUGUCAUGGUUAAGUACACUGAGCUCUAGACCUUAGCUGUGGAUAGUGAGGUACGUGCAGAGACAUGAUGGGAUGAAGUCUGUGGAAAGGGAAUGUUCUAGCAUUAAGGAGGGAAACAAAAUAUCAGUUACCUGAGAGGAUUCUAUAGUUACAUGAGGUUGAAAAGCAUAGAUAUUUCAUUCAGUGCAACCUUCUGUAACAACCUAAUGUCUUCAGGGGCUUCUGCACAGAAGAUACCUGUGUGAAAGGCUUCUGUAUCCAUGUUGAUAAUUUGUGCAGCCUAAAUCAACCUAGAACAUGGGCAAAAAUGUGAUUUUUAAAAAAUAUUUUAGCCUUAGAAAGACCGCCAUGUCUCCUGACCUACUGAACUGACCAAGUAAUGUAUCUGUUCUGCUCCCCCUUGCCUGCUGGUAAAGCAGUCAGACAGCGAUGGCAGUCUCAGCAGCCGUUCGCAGUCAGUGCCCAGUCUGGAGCCUGGGAAAGCUCUGCUUCGUACUAAGAGCCCCCAGCCUGCUCAAGACCAUAUGCAGUCCCAGCCACAGCUCCGAGAGCGCCUCAAGAGCCCCUCACCCAACAGAAAUAGGUUUUCUAUGGUCCAUAGCCCAGAUCCCCCCAAGGUGCUGGAGCGGUUCAGAAGCCCUGAACCUCCAAAGACUUCACAGAGUGCAGAGCAUAUAAUAAAUGGCGACACCAAGACCAAUGGGUCCCUAAACGGCAACAUCAAAACUACAGUCAGUUCAAGUCAACCAGAGCUUGUAGAUGAUCCACAUGGUAUAACCCGCAAGAAAGUGGUGAAAGUGGUGCGGAGGGUGGUCAGACGGGUACUUCCCACAGAAGAAGAUGCUGCAACCACAGCUGCACUUGCACCUACACCUUCGCCUGCACAAGUUCUUCAGGCUCCUUGCCAGCCACCAAAACCUUCUGAGCCUCCCAAACCUGAGCAAACAUCUGUGCCCAAGACUGUGAAGAUGCCUGUCUUUUCUUUCAAGCACGACUCAAUAAAGAAAGAGGAGAAAGAUGACAUCUCUGUGGGUUUAGCAAGCCUGAUGAGUCGAGGCAGGUCUAGGGAGCCACGGCCUCGUCCCCGCAAAGAAGAUCCUCCAGAAAAUCAAGAGGAUAAGGAGGAGAAAACUGUUAAAAAAGAGAGUGCUGCAACAGAAGCAACAAAUCUGAAGAAACCUGAAGCCAGCCAGACUAUGCCUUCAAGACAAGAAGAAAAGGUUACUGUAUCUCCUUCGGCAUCCACUCCAGCUGACCGUGUUCGAGUCAAGUCUCCUGUUUCUCCACCAGCAGGCUUCAUUCCGUCUUCCAGGAAUACUCUUCAGUCGCCACCUCCUGGAUUCAUACCUCCAUCCAAACCUUCUGCUCCAGCAGCUCCUUCAGGAUUUGUCCCACCCUCUAAACCUGCAGGAUUUGUUCCAGCCCCAAAGCCACCUGCUCUGUCUCCUCCACCAGGCUUCAUACCUGCACCAAAGACCACCCCCUUGGCUCCUCCUGUUGGAUUUAUUCCCAAAUCUGGUGAAGCCCUUAAAUCCCCAAGGGCAUCUGCACCUUCUCAACCCAUUCCAGAUCCCAAAUCUGUUUCUUCUCCCCCAAAAACUACUAGUACUUCUGUUGCACCCAAACUACCUUUAGCUCUGGUCCCUGCCCCUGCCACUGCCCCUGCCCCUGCUAAGGCACUUGCCACGGCCACUGCCACUUCCCCUACCCCUACCAAGGCCCCUGCCCUUGCCAAGGCCCCUGCCAAACCGACCACCCUUUCCUGUUCGGCACCUAAGCCUGACCCCUUUGCCCCUCCUCCAGGGUUUAUACCCACCCCCAAACAGCAGACUACGAAGAACCAAGAGGUGAAGGCAGUCUCGCGUCUGUCCUCAGCUCCAACAGGGAAGCCUCUUCCGAGGAGCAUAUCUAAAGACCCCUGUCCACCUGUAAUCAAAAAGGAGAGCCCUGCGUUGAGUCCUACAGAAGAAGCUCAGAGAAGACUGGAGCGCAUCUUCGGGGCACCUCUGGAUUGUGUGCCCAGUGCGUCUGCAUCCACGUCCACUCAGGUAGAGGGUUCACCUGAGGACGACUCUACCUCCCCUGCUGGCGUCCAACUGAGCCUGGCCACUGUGUGUUCCAGGGCAGUCUGCUGCAAUGGACAGGUGGAGGAGGACCCAGUGGCCAUCCUCAAGGCGGCCCACAUUGCUGCCUCUCAGCCGAAGGUAAAGACGGAGGAGCAGAUAGCUGCAGAGCAGGCAUGGUACGGCUCAGAGAAAGUGUGGCUGGUCCACAAAGAUGGCUUCUCCCUGGCCACUUUGCUGAAGACAGAUGCUGGCAGUCUGCCAGAAGGGAAGGUGAAGAUCAAACUGGAGCAUGAUGGGACAGUACUGGAUGUUGAUGAGGACGAUGUGGAGAAGGCAAACCCACCCUCAUUUGACCGCUGCGAGGACCUGGCAACUCUGCUCUACCUGAACGAGUCGAGUGUGAUGCACUGUCUGCGGCAGCGCUAUGGAGGAAACCUCAUCCACACGCAUGCAGGGCCCAACAUGGUGGUCAUCAACCCAAUCAGCGCCCCCUCCAUGUACUCUGAGAAGGUGAUGCACAUGUUUAAGGGCUGUAGGCGAGAAGACACCGCUCCACACAUAUACGCUGUGGCCCAGACUGCCUACAGGAACCUUCUGACCACACGGCAGGACCAGUCUGUUGUGCUGCUGGGCAAGAGCGGCAGUGGCAAGACCACCAACUGCCAGCACCUGGUGCAGUAUCUGCUGUCCAUCGCUGGGAGCACAGGCAAGAUCUUUUCAGCAGAGAAAUGGCAGGCGGUCUACACUAUCCUGGAAGCCUUUGGGAACUGCUCCACCUCCAUGAAUUCAAACGCCAGCCGCUUCUCUCAGAUCGUCUCUCUGGAUUUUGACCAGGCUGGCCAGGUGGCCUCUGCCUCUAUUCAGACUAUGCUUCUGGAGAAGCUGAGGGUGACCAAACGGCCGGAGGCUGAAUCCACUUUCAAUGUUUUUUACUACAUGAUGGCGGGAGCAGAUAGCACUCUGAGAACUGAACUGCAUUUGAAUCACUUUGCUGAGAACAACACAUUUGGAAUUGUGCCUCAGACAAAGUCUGAGGACAAGCAGAAGGCAGCGCAGCAGUUCACCAAGCUGCAGGCGGCUAUGAAGGUGCUUGGUAUUUCAGCUGAAGAGCAGAAAGCUCUGUGGCUCAUUCUUGGGGCCAUCUACCACCUGGGAUCAGCAGGAGCAACCAAAGCCGGUCGUAAGCAGUUUGCUCGUCACGAGUGGGCUCAGAAGGCAGCCUAUCUUUUAGGCUGCUCUCUGGAAGAGCUCUCCUCCUCCAUCUUCAAGCACCAGCCCAAAGGAACCCUUCAGAGGUCCACCUCCUUCCGCCAAGGGCCGGAUGAUGUUGGGACCGGAGACAAUUCAGGUCCAAAGAUUACAGCUCUGGAGUGUCUGGAGGCCAUGGCUGCUGGACUCUACUCUGAGCUCUUCACUCUCGUCAUCUCCCUCACCAACCGAGCACUAAAGUCCAGUCAGCACUCGCUGUGCUCUCUGCUGAUCGUGGACACGCCAGGCUUUCAGAACCCCCGGCUCACCAAACAGGCUCGCGGUGCCACCUUUGAGGAGUUGUGUCAUAACUAUUCUCAGGAGCGCCUGCAGACCCUCUUCCACGAGCGCACGUUUGUGCAGGAGCUGGAGCGUUACAAGGAGGAAAACAUAGAGCUUGCAUUAGAUGACAUAGAGUCCAGUACGUCAUUGUCCGUAGCAGCUAUAGACCAGGCCUCGGCCCAAGCUCUGGUGAGGACACUGGCACGGACGGACGAGGCACGGGGGUUGCUGUGGCUGAUGGAGGAGGAGGCUCUGCAGCCCGGAGGCUCUGAGGAGACUCUGCUGGAACGCCUCUUCAGCUACUACGGACCCACAGAGGGAGAGAGCAAAGGCCCCAACCUGCUUCUGAAGAGUGAGAAGUCCCAUCACUUCUUUUUGGGACACAGUCACGGCACAGACUGGGUGGAGUAUAAUGCUCAGGGUUGGCUGAGCCACGCCAAGCAGAACCCAGCUUCACAGAACGCUGCCACUCUGCUGCAGGACUCGCAGAAGAAGAACAUCAGUAGUCUGUUUAUGGGACGUUCUGGAGGAGCCACGGUGCUGUCAGGUUCUAUCGCUGGACUGGAGGGUGGAUCCCAGCUGGCCCUGCGCCGUGCCACCAGCAUGAGGAAGACCUUCACUACUGGCAUGGCUGCUGUUAAGAAGAAGUCCCUCUGUAUCCAGAUCAAGCUACAAGUGGAUGCUCUGAUAGACACAGUGAGGCGCUCCCGGGUGCACUUUGUGCACUGCUUGCUUCCCAAGUCAGAGGCCCUGGGUGGGGAGCCGCGGGUGCUGGGGGCCCCCUCUCCCCGUUCUGGGGACAGCGAGUCCCAUGGAGAGAGCUGUGAGACCGGCCUCAUGCAGCUGGACGCUGGCUUGCUCCGUGCUCAGCUCCGAGGAUCCAAACUGCUGGACGCUCUGCGGAUAUACCGGCAAGGUUACCCCGAUCACAUGGUCUUUUCCGAGUUCCGCCGGCGAUUUGACGUCCUAGCCCCCCACCUGACCAAAAAGCAUGGACGCAACUAUAUUGUGACAGACGAGAAGAGGGCUGUUGAAGAGCUGCUGGAGUCUCUGGAACUGGAGAAAAGCAGCUACAAUAUGGGCCUGAGCAGAGUGUUCUUUAGGGCAGGUGUUCUGGCCAAGCUGGAGGAACAGAGGGACUUGCAGACCAGGCGCAACAUCACGCUCUUCCAGGCCGCCUGCAGAGGAUACCUCUCCCGACAAGCGUUUAAGAAAAGGAAGAUCCAGGACCUGGCCAUCCGCUGCAUCCAGAAGAACAUCAAGAAGAACCGCGGUGUGAAGGGCUGGCCCUGGUGGAAACUCUUUACCACUGUGCGGCCCCUCAUUGAGGUGCAGCUUACUGAGGAGCAAAUCCGUGGCAAAGAUGAGGAGAUUCAGCAGCUGAAGCUGAAGCUGGAGAAAGUGGAGAAGGAGAGGAACGAGCUGCGACUCAACAGUGACCGUUUAGAAAGCAGGAUCACAGAGCUGUCGUCAGAGCUCACGGAUGAGCGGAACACUGGUGAGUCUGCUUCACAGCUGCUGGAGUCUGAGACCUCAGAGAGACUACGAUUGGAGAAAGAAAUGAAGGACUUACAGGCCAAGUUUGACUCAACGAAGAAGCAGAUGGAGUCCAUGGAGAUGGAGGUGAUGGAGUCUCGGCUCAUACGAGCCUCCGAACUGAAUGGGGAGAUGGAUGAUGACGAUUCAGGGGGAGAGUGGAGGUUGAAGUAUGAACGAGCAGUUCGGGAGAUUGAGUUCACCAAGAAAAGACUUCAGCAAGAGUUUGACGAUAAACUGGAGGUGGAACAACAGAGCAAGAGACAGCUGGAAAGACGACUGACGGACCUGCAGGCAGACAGUGAGGAGAUGCAGCGGGUGGCUCAGCAGCUGAAGAAAAAGUGCCAGAAGCUGACAGCUGAGCUGCAGGACACCAAGCUGCACCUGGAGGGCCAACAGAGCCGUAACCACGAGCUGGAGAAGAAGCAGAGGAAGUUUGACUCGGAGCAGAGUCAGGCUCAGGAGGAGGUGCAGAGAGAGAGGAGUCAGCGAGAGAAGCUGAGCCGAGAGAAAGACAUGCUGACUGGAGAGGUGUUCAGCAUCCGACAGCAGCUGGAGGAUAAAGAUCUGGAGAUGUGCGCACUCAAUCUCAAGCUAGAGCAGAUGGAGGCCGAGUUGCAGGAUCUGAACUCUCAGGAGUCGAAGGACGAAGCCUCACUGGCCAAGGUCAAGAAGCAGCUCCGCGACCUGGAAGCAAAGGUCAAAGAUCAGGAGGAGGAGCUGGACGAGCAAGCGGGUACCAUCCAGAUGUUGGAGCAGGCAAAGCUUCGUCUGGAGAUGGAGACUGAGAGGCUUAGACAGAUGCACUCCAAAGAGAUUGAGAACAAAGAUGAAGAAGUAGAGGAGAUCAGACAGUCCUGCAGUAAGAAGCUGAAGCAGAUGGAGGUACAGUUGGAGGAGGAGUAUGAAGACAAACAGAAGGUCCUGAGGGAAAGAAGGGAGCUGGAGGCCAAGCUGAUGACUGCUCAAGACCAGGUGAGCCACAGAGACGUGGAGGCAGAGAAGCGCCUGAGGAAGGACCUGAAACGCACCAAAGCUUUGUUGGCCGAUGCCCAGAUCAUGCUGGACCACCUGAAGAACAACGCUCCCAGCAAGAGAGAGAUCGCCCAGCUCAAAAACCAGCUGGAGGAGUCCGAGUUCACCUGUGCUGCUGCAGUCAAGGCCCGUAAAGCCAUGGAGGUGGAAAUUGAGGAUCUGCAUGUUCAGAUGGAUGAUAUCUCCAAAGCUAAGCAGGCGCUGGAGGAGCAGCUGAGCCGCGUGCAGCGCGAGAAGAACGACCUGCAGUCGCGUAUGGAGGAGGACCAGGAGGAUAUGAACGAACUCAUGAAGAAGCACAAAGCCGCCGUCGCUCAGUCUUCCCAGAGCCUGGCCCAGGUCAGUGAGCUCCAGGCCCAGCUGGAGGAGGCCUUGAAGGAGAAGCAAGAGGUCCAGGAGAAGCUCACGGCCCUGCAGAGUCAGCUGGAGUUUCAGGAACAGUCCAUGGUGGACAAGUCUAUGGUCAGCAGGCAAGAUGCCAAGAUCCGCGAGAUAGAGACCAAGCUGGAGUUCGAAAAGACACAGGUCAAGCGCCUGGAGGGUCUGGUAUCCAGGCUGAAGGAAAACGUAGAGAAGCUUACAGAAGAGCGUGACCAGCGCAGCACCAGUGAGAACCGGGAAAAGGAGCAGAAUAAGCGCCUACAGCGGCAAAUCCGCGACAUCAAGGAGGAGCUGGGAGAACUGGCCAAGAAGGAAUCUGAAGCCAGCCGGAAGAAGCACGAGCUGGAAAUGGACAUUGAGAGUUUGGAAGCUGCGAACCAGAGUCUCCAGGCAGAUCUUAAGCUGGCCUUCAAACGCAUUGGAGACCUGCAGGCUGCUAUCGAGGACGAGAUGGAGAGCGAUGACAAUGAGGACCUAAUCAACAGUUUACAAGACAUGGUGACUAAGUAUCAGAAACGAAAGAACAGAACCGAGGCUGACUCUGACUCGGGUUCUGAAGUGGAGGAUCGUGUGGAUGGGGUGAAGUCGUGGCUCUCCAAAAACAAGAGCUCUGCCAAGAACCUGUCAGACGACGGCAGCCUGAAGAGCCCAAGAUAUGCUGCAAAAGCUGAUGCCAAAGAGUGGAAAGAGAAUGGCAAAGAAGGUAAAGAGGUAGAGCAGAGCAGGCCUGUGUCUGUGAUGAGUUCCCUUAGCUAUAGGAAACGCUCCAGUCUGAAGGACUCCGUCGGCGGGAAAGGAGACGAGGGCUCUCUUUUCAGCUCCCUUAAAGAGCAGAGCGACUCUCAGGACCUGCCGUCCUUCCGCAAGAGCAAAGUCAAGGAUGCCUUGGACGACUCGUACUCUGUGAGCUCAUGGAGGAAGGGGGAUGAUCUUGAUGAUAGAGGCUCUGUUAUCUCUCAUGCAUACUCUGAGGCAGCCAGCAGGGCCAGGAAGGGCAUGGAUAGCCGCUGGUCUGAAUUUGACAAGGAGUCGGUUGUAUCCUCUGUUGGACCCAGUCGAACUUCUACACGCUGCACCAACCUGGACUUGGACCUGGACGAUGCCAAGUCCAGCGUAAGUGCCAUCAGUCUGGCGAGCCGACGUCGAAGCAUGUCGCGGCUCGAUGACCGGCAGAGUGAGUACGGCUCGCCCAUGAGCCCGGGCUUAAGCUGUCGAAGCCCCAGCAGCAGAAGCCGUGCCGAUUCCCAUAUGUCCCUUUCCCGCAGCUGCCGUCUCAGCGAGUUUGAUGUUGACGAUGAUGCCAUGAGUGUUGCCUACAGCUGCCGUUCAUCUGCGAGCCGCAGCAUGUCUAUGCCUCCUCAAUCCCGGGAAACUGACUCCAGCAUGCCUGAUACAUCUGACCUGAAACCAGUCAGCCACCGCAACUACCUGGACCCUGACCUGGAGGCAGCAAUCAACGAGGUCCUGAACUAUAAGCCUAUCACAUUCAAGCGCACCAGCCUAGAAGAUUCAGAGGGCCAAGCUGAAGAGGAGCAAGAUGAUUGCAGAAAGAGCGUGAGAAGCGGAAGGGAAAGCAGCCGAAGCUCCUCCUCAAGUGUGCGUCGCUCAGCCUCUGCCGUGGACUGCAGGCGUUCCACCAGCAGCAUGAGCAGCCGAAGCAGCCGCAGCAGCCGAAGUAGUAGCCGCAGCGGAAGGAAGAGCAAGAGUAAGAAGAAGAAGAAGAAUAGCCACAGCUCAGGUUCAUCCGAAGAUGAGCGCAAGAAGAAGAGCUCCAAGAAAAAGAAGGGCAAAAAGAAGAAGUCAAAGAAAGACUUGUCUUCAUCCUCCUCCUCCUCUUCCUCAUCCUCUUCUGAGGAUUCAGAGUCCAGCUCAGAGUCAGACUCCAGCUCUGGGGCUUCCACCAUCUCAUACCGAAGCACCAACAGUGUCAAGAGAGCCCCCUUAAGGAACGCUUCACCUUCUGAUGAAGAACGAGAGCCUGGAGGGCCUUCUGAAGACGCUCCACCACCACCACUCAGUAAGAAACAAGAGAAGAAGAACGUGGACAGCUUGAUGAUGAAGUAUCUAUACAAACCUGACAGUGACUGAAGACGGCAUCCCCCCUCUGGCCGAAGACGCUUCUGCCUCGACAGAUCUGACGAGGAAGAAGAGGAGGAGGAGAAAGAGGAAGGCGGCGCCGGCCGAAGC